AUGACAAGCGGUUCAAUCACUGUUAAUGGCUGCCAGAUUUGGUACGAAAUAUUUGGCACCGGUAGCCACGCUAUACUAUUAUUACCCGGUGCUAUUGGCACCGGUAGGACCGACUUUGGACCACAGAUAGAGGGACCAAAUGCAUUGAAUCCCAUGAAGUAUACGCUGAUAGCAAUGGAACCGCUGGGUUGGGGUCGAUCCCGGCCACCGGUGCGCAAAUACGAUACCGAUAUCUAUAACAAUGAUGUCUAUUGUGGCUAUAAAAUUAUGGAGACAUUAGGCUAUUCAUCCUAUUCGGUGAUGGGCUGGUCAGACGGUGCAAAAACGGCAAUAAUAAUGGCCGCCAAAUACCCGUCACGUGUAAUGAGUUGUGUAAUCUGGGGUAUUGUUGCCUAUAGUUCGCCAAAAGGUAUACAAUCGGUAGCCAUUACAAAAAACAUACGUUUCUGGGGCCAGGAUCUGAUCGAUAACUAUGUGAAAGUCUAUGGCAGCGAAUGGAUAGACCUAUGGACCCGACACAUGGAGUUUCUUGAAAAAACUGACGAUUUAUUUCCCAACUGGUCUAUUGCAGAGUAUGUUAGAAAACUACAGUCACCAGUGUUUGUCUUACAUGGAGAUCAGGACCCAAUUGUUGAGUUGGAGCACCCGGUGUUUGUGGCCAAACAGGCAUCUGAUUCACGAUUGCAUCGCUUCCCAAAAGGAUCCCAUAAUUUGCAUAUUACUUAUGCCAAGGAAUUUAAAAAACUUGUGGAAACUUUUCUCGAGGAAGUAGACAAUGGAUAUUAA